AUGGAGUUUGAGGGUUCAGAUUACAGAUUGGUCUCUAGUAUAAAGGGUGGCAACACCAGUCUAAAUAUGAACCACUAUGCCACUAAGAAGACAGUGGCAGGGAGCAUGUUAGACGUGGCCCUGCUGAUGGCCAACGCUGCCCAGCUGAAGGCCGUCCUGGAGCAGGGGCCAGACUUCAGGUACUACGUCACCGUCCUGGUCCUCAUCGGGUCGUCGCUGCUCUUCCAGGUGCUGGCUGGGGUGCUGUUUGUCGCCAUGGCACGUAAGGACCUGAACAACGUGGCCAACCAGAGGAAGCUGGACAUCAUGAACAACGUGGCCACCGGCCUCGUCUUCAUCACCGCCAUCAUCAACAUCUUCAUCACCGCAUUUGGAGUGCAGAAAACUGGCCUGUACCCCAAAACCUAGACAGAAGACUGGCCUGUAACCCACAACCUAGGUUGAAGACUGGCCUGUACCCCACAACCUAGACAGAAGACUGGCCUGUACCCUAAAACCUAGACAGAAAACUUGCCUGUACCCAAAAACCUUAACUGAAGACUGGCCUGUACCCCACAACCUAGACAGAAGACUGGCCUGUACCCUAAAACCUAGACUGAAGACUGGCCUGUACCCAAAAACCUAGACUGAAGAAUGGCCUGUAACCCACAACCAAGACAGAAGACUGGCCUGUAGCCCAAAACCUAGACUAAAGACUGGCCUGUACCCCACAACCUAGACAGAAGACUGGCCUGUACCCUAAAACCUAGACAGUAGACUGACCUGUACCCCGAAACCUAGAAUGAAGACUGGCCUGUACCCCAAAACCUAGACAGAAGACUGGCCUGUACCCCAAAACCUAGACAGAAAACUUGCCUGUACCCAAAAACCUAGACUGAAGACUGGCCUGUACCCCACAACCUAGACAGAAGACUGGCCUGUACCCUAAAACCUAGACUGAAGACUGGCCUGUACCCAAAAACCUAGACUGAAGAAUGGCCUGUAACCCACAACCAAGACAGAAGACUGGCCUGUACCCCAAAACCUAGACUAAAGACUGGCCUGUACCCCACAACCUAGACAGAAGACUGGCCUGUACCCUAAAACCUAGACAGUAGACUGACCUGUACCCCGAAACCUAGAAUGAAGACUGGCCUGUACCCCAAAACCUAGACAGAAGACUGGCCUGUACCCCAAAACCUAGACAGAAGACUGGACUGUACCCCAAAACCUAGACAGAAGACUGGGCUGUACCCCAAAACCUAGACUGAAGACUGACCUGUACCCCAAAACCUAGACUGAAGACUGGCAAGUAACCCACAACCUAGACAGUAGACUGGCCUGUACCCUAAAACCUAGACUGAAGACUGGCAAGUAACCCACAACCUAGAAUGAAGACUGGCCUGUACCCCAAAACCUAGACAGAAGACUGACCUGUACCCCAAAAACCAGACAGUAGACUGACCUGUACCCCACAACCUAGACUGAAGACUGAGCUGUACCCCGAAACCUACACUGAAGAUUGGUCUGUACCCCGAAACCUACACUGAAGACUGAUCUGUACACCGUAACCUACACUGAAGAAUGAUCUGUACCCCGAAACCUACACAGUAGACUGAACAGUACCCCAAAACCUAGACAGUAGACUGACCUGUACCCCAAAACCUAGACAGUAGACUGACCUGUACCCCAGAACCUAGACAGUAGACUGACCUGUACCCCAAAACCCAGACAGUAGACUGACCUGUACCCCACAACCUAGACAGUAGACUGACCUGUACCCCACAACCUAGACAGUAGACUGACCUGUACCCCAAAACCUAGACAGUAGACUGACCUGUACCCCACAACCUAGACAGUAGACUGACCUGUACCCCAAAACCUAGACAGUAGACUGACCUGUGCCCCAAAACCUAGACAGUAGACUGACCUGUACCCCAAAACCUAGACAGUAGACUGAACUGUACCCCAAAACCUAGACAGUAGACUGACCUGUACCCCACAACCUAGACAGUAGACUGACCUGUACCCCACAAGCUAGACAGUAGACUGACCUGUACCCCAAAACCUAGACAGUAGACUGACCUGUACCCCACAACCUAGAUAGUAGACUGACCUGUACCCCACAACCUAGACAGUAGACUGACCUGUACCCCACAACCUAGACAGUAGACUGACCUGUACCCCACAACCUAGAUAGUAGACUGACCUGUACCCCACAACCUAGACAGUAGACUGACCUGUACCCCACAACCUAGACAGUAGACUGACCUGUACUCCACAACCUAGACAGUAGACUGACCUGUAAACCAAAACCUAGACAGUAGAUUGACCUGUAACCCAAAAUCUAGACAGUAGACUGACCUGUACCCCAAACCUAGACUGAUAUACUUCAGCGAUAUAUCUUUCAAAACGUGGCAAUACAGGUUUUCUAUUGUAUCUAUUGUUUCUAUUGUAACUUUUUUUUAUCAGUAGAGAUUUGUAAAAGAAAGAUAUUAAUCAUUUAAAUGUCAAAAAGUAGAAUUGUCUUAUUCUCUGGUGAAUGGCUCAGAAAUCAAAUUAAAGACAAGUGUUUGGGCUACAGAUUAGUCUCUCUAGACAAUCGGGUUGCCUCCCACAAUUUAACAAUGUUCAAGCAUGUCCUUGGUCUGGGAUUUCCAAGAAUGACUACAGACCAUAGGGUCUUCAGAUAAUAUAAGGGGAAACAGUGACUACUAGUGGUCGUUAUUUUACUAAUAUAAGAAUGAUACUCACUGUGUCCAAAGUGUGUAUCUAAUGCAAUAAACUCCAUAAAA